UUAUAAUUGAAAUAAUAAUAACGAUGUAAACAACUAAUUUAUAUAUAACUAUAUAUGCACUUCAUAUUUUCUUUUAGUACCAAAUACAUCAUCAUUCACAUAUAACUCUACAUAAUAAAAGCCCGAUGGAGAAAUUCUAACAUUAAUUUGAACUGCAAUCUGCUCAUCAAUAAUUAUAUUAACAUAUAUAGAAAAAAAAAUAAUUAUACUGCUAUAUAUGGUCCGCCUCAGAUCAAUUACUAUAUCUUUAAAAAAAAAUAAUUAUACUGCUAUAUAUGGUCCGCCUCAAAUCAGUCGCGAUAUCUUAAAAAAAAAUAAGCCACAUGAAAAAAGAGGUUAUCAAUUGCAUUGUAGUCCUAUAAAUAUAUACAAAGAAAAAUUGUUAUUUAUUAUACAUAGACAGAGACAUGGAAUGCAUAGAGAUGGAGUAGGGGAACUUUCCCAACUUCACUUUUACCUUUUCAUAUAAUACCCAACUUUAUUUCAUCUAUUUUUGAAAGUUAUGGGACACUGCACUUAACUUCCUAAUGCCUCCUUGGCAGCUUGGCACUGUUUUUUCAUACCAAAAACCUUCUUUUUUAGUGACUAGGAAUCUGUUAAAAAGCCAUUGUACAACUAAGAAGAAGCCCUUCUUUUUUGGUGCCAGUCUAACAUAGGCUCCCCAACAAAGUACAUCACCCUCUUGUGACACAUAUUCUUGUUGCUGUAUUUUCUCUUACCUUUUCUUAUGACAGCCUAGUUCCCUCUUAUUCUUAGGAAAUUCUGAUGGCAUCGUAUGAUCCCAUGUAUCAUUUGAAAAUAAACAAUAAAAAUAAAAGUCAGAUUCUUUCAUCUUUUUUCUUCAAAACUACUCCCUUUUGCUAAGGUGUUUCUGGUUUACCUGCUCGGACAUUGUCUUUCAUCUAAUACCAGACCACUUCUUGGGUUUCUAUUUUUGCAUCAUUGGUCCCAAAUCUUGAUUCUUGGAAAGACACCUAGAUCAGUCUUUAUUGAUCUCAUUUCUUAUUUAUAUUUAUACCGACAAAGAAACGAUUUCCUUUUUUUUUCUUCUUUGAACAAAUUUUAUUUGGAGUUAUUAUCAUCUGUUAGUCUUCUCUAUAUAUUACCAGUCUUUGGAUGGAUUUAAGAAUUCUUUACUAAACAUGUGAAUUGGUGAUAAUCUGAUGGGGUAUAAAGGAAACUUGCACAUUAUCCACACCAUCUUCUUGUUAAUGUCCAUGGUUCAUGGCUCAAGCAGCAAUGAUCCCGAGUCUUUAGACGCAUCAAUUUACAACUAUGCAGUGGAAGCAUUAUUAAGGCAACAUACAGGUAAGUUAUUAAAUGUUUCUCUCCCUUCAAAUUUCUCCGGAAUAAAAGCAUCAGUAUUUAGAACAAGGAGUGGUAGUUUAUGGCAAAGAGGAGCCAAUUUCUCUUCCGUUUAUAUCCCAUCAGGAGUUAUUCCAUUCCCAUUUGUGAAAAGAUUAGCUAUCGUAUACCAGAACUUGGGGAAUCGGUCUUCUCAUUACUAUAAAGUUCCUGGUUAUUCUUUAGUUGCUCCUGUUGUUGGUUUCAUGGCUUACGAUGCUUCAAAUUUAAGCCUAUUAGGUCGUGAAAUGCUUCAGUUGAGCAUCAUGGGCGAUUCCAUUGUAGUCAAGUUUUCCAAGAUUGUCAGGAAAGAUGGCAAUCCUGAAGAUUUGAAAUGUGUCAAAAUUGGUGAAGGUGGCACGGUCCAAUUUAGGAACGUAACUGAAGGUAAUACUUGCCUCGCACAAAGCGACGGACAUUUUUCUCUUGUUGUUCCAUCUUUAUCAGAAAGCAAGGUGAAGAAGACUUGGGAAUGGUGGGUGAUAGGAUUUGGAAUUUUACUUUUUGGAAUCAUAUUGGUCGUUGUGAUUUUGACUACUGCUUGUAAAAUGCUGAGAAGUAAAAGGAUUGCAGAAAUGGAGGGAGAAUCUGAGAAAGGGGUGGCCUUUGAUAUGAAAUGGAUUGGGAAAAGUAAAAUGCCUUCUGCUUCAAUGGUAAGAACUCAGCCUGCCCUUGAACAUGGGGACAUUCCUUGAGUUGCAGUUCAUUAAGUUUCUUAGUAAAUUUUUUCUUUCUCAAUCUAUUGUUCUUUUCUUUUUCUUUUUUUCCCCCCAUAUAUGCAUGGACUAUUAGUAAUCUGAUGCAUAUUGCUGCAUCUAUGGUCACUAUUGGAUUGCCAGAAUUGAUGUAUUUAUACAGUUAUAGCAAAUUUUUCUAUUUUAUUCU